AUGUCAAGUGGCAAGCGAUGGGAUAAGAUCCUGCUUCCACAAAACCAGGCAGAUAGGAGGAAAUUAAGACUUGCAGUUCGAUUGAGGUCAAUCAGGGGUCCAAGUGACGAUGUCCUCCGCCACCUCCUUAGGGAGGCCGUUCGUCACAAAGUCCCUACCUACGGUACCCAGGCGAGUCAUGGCCCCCCAACACCCCCAUCGUACCCCGCAUUGCCGGGUGAACCCUCGAUCAAUCUAUGGCUGAGUAUCAUCAUUUCUCGCCUGGUCGACAGACAUUUGUCUCGCCUUAGACCUCUUGUUAUUCAAUGCCACACCGACGACCAAGUGCCGGCGAAGGGAGUGCAGCUAUGGAGACUGGCGCGGCCCGAUCGCAAGACCGUGUCUCCAAGCGAACGUCGAAUGCGUAUGUAUUAUUUUGCCUGUGCUCAACAGCCUGUCAGUCGCAAGACCCGAAUUCGUCUGACUCAAGUUUAUCUCAUGGAUCUUCAGAAUUCUGUCCAAGAAGCGGAACAUCGCCGUCAGAGAAGGGAUUCUCGUGGAUCACCAAUUGGUGAACGGGCAGGUCAACGCUCAAACGAAGAGGAAAUAAGUUCGUCUGUCAAUGGGACAGUGCAACAGCAGGAAGCAGCAGGCGGCCCCUCCAACACGUAUGCCACGCCAAGGUCGGAGGACAUAGGUUUCCAAGCGCCAGCGCUACAAGAGUCCCCAGAUCACACUGAACCAGCUUCCCUUGCUGUGGAGAAUCCUCUUUCGCUCCGACAUGCGGAAUUCACGACUUCCGCUGCGGGAGUCACAUGUGAGUCUUCCAGGCUGGCACCUCCACUGGCUAUCCGACAUGAUUCUGACAGCCAGAUUACCUGGGCACCUCUUCCAACUGGUCCUUCACUCGCCGCGUUCUGA